GUAAAUGAUCAUCCGUUUUUCAUAGUUCAUUUAAGCGCGCUUAUCAAACUGUUCAAACUGUGGAACAAAUAUUUGCCUAGAAUUAAACCAUUCUACGCAGUAAAAUGCAACAAUGAUGCGGUUAUGAUGAAGAUAUUGGCCAGUUUAGGCUGUGGCUUUGAUGUAGCAAGCAAAGCUGAGAUAGAUGAGGUAUUAACAACACCUGACUUACUCAUAUAUGCGAAUCCGUGUAAACCGCAGUCAUUUAUUACUUAUGCACACCGUCAAAAUGUUGUCCUCAUGACAUUUGAUAACAUGGAGGAGCUCGAUAAAAUUGCAAUUUAUCAUCCAAACGCCAGAUUACUUCUUCGUUUGGCCAUAAGCGAUCCAACAGCAUUGUGUCAAUUGAAUUCGAAAUUUGGUUGUCAUCCAGAAAAAGAAGCUAGAGAAUUACUUGUUGCUGCGGCCUUUCGAGACAUUUCUGUAGUUGGAAUAUCUUUCCAUGUGGGAAGUGGAUGCAAUAAUCCGGAAGCCUAUUGCCAUGGUAUUCACCACGCUAGAUUAUUGUUUGAUUUUGGUGCAGAAUUUGGUUUGCAAAUGAACAUCUUGGACAUUGGUGGAGGUUAUCCUGGAAAUGACAAUCUUCGAGUCUCAUUUGAAAAAAUAGUUAAUGUGAUAAAUCCACUAAUUGAUGAAUAUUUCCCGUUAUCUAGCGGGGUGAACAUAAUCGCUGAACCAGGGAGAUUCUUUGCUUGUAAGCCAUUUUCGCUCGCUGCCAAUGUUAUUGCUUCGACCAAGGUUACAACGAAUCGUUUAUCGGUUGAGAAGGAUGAAGAAGCCUAUAUGUAUUAUAUAAACGAUGGAGUUUAUGGAUCGUUCAAUUGCAUUUUCUUCGAUCACUGCACCCCGCGAGGGUUUCCUCUUGAAUUGAAUGAACCGAUAUUUCCAUGCACAGUGUGGGGACCUACAUGCGACAGCUUAGAUAUUGUAGAGAAAUAUGCUAUAUUUCGGAAACUCAAUGUUGGCGAGUGGAUUUUCUACAAAGAUAUGGGAGCGUAUACAUGUUCAGCAGCAUCAAACUUUAAUGGUUUCCAGAAACCGGAUCGCUACUAUUUCAUCAGUGAAGAUGAUUGGUAA